UUUUGGCAGAGGAAGAUGCUAACUGUUUCCAGCCUGGUAGCUGUUGGCCUGGGGAUUGGCCUGGGCAUGAUUCUGAAGACCUACGCCCAUCUGUCAGAAAUCAACAUAAAGUACGUAGGCUUUCCAGGAGAAAUACUCAUGCGGCUGCUGCAGUUGCUUUCCGUUCCUCUCAUUACGUCAAGUGUGGCAACAGGAGUUUGUAGUCUGUCUGCUGGUACCUCAAGAAAAAUGACCAUACGUGCAGCAGUAUACUUUGUCAUGACCACUCUUCUUUCUGUGACUAUAGGAUUAAUAUUGGUACAGUUGGUCAAGCCUGGGGUCAGCCAAAAUGCUGGUGAGGUUCAGACAGAUGACGAUGCUGAUGAAGCCUUCUCCACCAUCGAUGCCUUGUUGGAUCUAAUAAGAAACAUGGUGCCACAAAAUAUUUUUCUGGCAAGCUUUCAGCAGUACAAGACUCACAAGGUGGAGAUCACAAUUGAAGCAGAUGAUCACAAUUCUAGCAUGAAAAUGAAAGAUACAGAAGUGCGUCUGGUGGGCAAGCACGUUGAUGGAAACAAUACUUUGGGCCUGAUUGUCUGUUCUGUUGUCAUUGGACUGGCCCUCAGAAGGAUGGGACAGAGAGGGAAACUCUUUGUGGACAUGCUCAUCGGCAUCAGCGAGGCCACCAAAUAUGUGGUCAGACUGACAAUAGGCUUCUUGCCAGUAGGAGUGUUGUUCAUGACUGCAAGCUAUGUGGCUGACGUUGGGGACAACUGGGAGACUGCCUUGAAACUCGGAAAGUUUGUGGGAGUGGUUGUUAGUGGGCUCUUUAUCCAUGGAGGAGUAGUUCUGCCGCUGAUGUAUUUCCUGUGUGUGGGACGUAACCCCUUCACUGUCAUUAAAGGAGUUCUUCCUGCCUUAAGGAGGACCAUGCUCAUCUCGCGCAGCUAUGCGGCCUCGCUGACUUUCCACUGUUGUGAGGAAGUAAACAUGAUUGACAAAAGAGUCACUCGCUUCAUGCUGCCCAUUGGGAUCAAUGUCAACAUGGACGGAACAGCCCUUUAUGAAGUGGCCGCGGCAGUUUUUGUCGCCCAACUCAACCGCAUGCAUCUGAACUGGAGCCAGUUAUUUACCCUGGGUGUGACAGUAGCAGUGUCCAGCGUAGGAGAAGCUGGGGUCCCAUCAACAGGAACAGUCACCACUCUCUUCAUUUUGACAGUCAUUGGGAUUCCUGCAAGGGACGCUUCCCUUUUGCUGGCUAUAGAGUGGCUGCUAGAUCGCUGCAACACUGCUGUCAACGUCCUGGGAGACUGCAUUGGCGUGGCGCUUGUUGAGCAUCUGUCGAAAAAAGAGCUGGAUGAAAUGGAUAAGCUGGAACAGGAUGAGGAGAGAGCCUUCCCAUCGGCUGCUGGGUCCCUUGAUGUUGCAGAAAGCCAACAGUUCCAAGACAGCGGGAGUAGACCAAGCACCUCAGCUCACCGAAAACAGGUUCUGAGCAUCAACAGUGUGAACAGAACUGACUUUGAAAAGAAUCCUCCAGCGCCAAACAUCUUCUCUUUUUUUUAGCUCUAAUCUUUUUAUUUGUUAUUUUGUGUAUUUGUUAUCAUACUUUUUCAUUUUGAUAGUAUACUUUAAAAUAAAACAGCAGAUUUGGAAUAAAAAGUAUAAUUUAGUAAUAAUAGUAAUUGCAAUAUAAAGGAGUAUGAAUAAUUUAGUGUUAGAUUUUGUGCAUUUGUAGUAUAAAUAGGGUUUACACUGAAAAACUGCUGUUCUUCUUCUGUCACUUUUUUUUUUUGCAGUUUGAUGUUGUCAGUGUAUUUUUAA